AUGUGGCUUAUAUGGCACUCUGAUGCCAGUGGUAAUGGCAUGUAUGGCACAGUGGAAAUGGCACAUGGCAAAACUGAAACGGUAUAUGACAGUGAUGAUGGCUUGUGGCCCUGUCGGCUGCUGAGCCGCAGCAUCCGGAUCAAAUUGAAUACAGAGCAUCCUCGAGUCAUCCGUGUGAUAUUGAACUUUACAAAUGGGGCGCAGAAGUCGAAGAGAAAACCACCUCCCAAGAAAAAAAUGACGGGCAACCUGGACACCCAGUUUACAUGCCCGUUUUGUAACCAUGAGAAGUCAUGUGAUGUCAAAAUGGAACGAACCCGCAACACAGGAAUUAUAUCAUGCAGUGUUUGUUUGGAGGAGUUCCAGACUCCUAUAACCUACCUGUCCGAGCCAGUGGAUGUUUACAGUGACUGGAUUGACGCCUGUGAAGCUGCCAAUCAGUAGUUUUCAUACACCUCAUCUUCUCUCUAACCUCAUUCACUUUACUUGUCACGACUACGUUUGGUCCACUAAAUUUGUGUUGAGCUUUCAAAAUUUUGCAUGAUGUUCACAGUGUGUUACAGACCAAGUUUAAGCUCCUAUAGUGGCUUUUUUAAGUGCAAACACCUUCCUUUGGCUGGGCCAGAGUGUCCAAAACUGUCUAUGCCACAGUACUCAAUGUCCUUAUACCUCACGGCAGCUCAUGUUAAAUGGUUUUUUUUUUUUUUUUUUUUU